AUGACUUAAGUGAAAGUAGAUAGAAUGUGCAGUGUCUAUGUAAUACCUGAAGAUGCUCCUAUGAGUUAAUAGGAAAUAGCAAAAGCAUUUGAUAAUGGAAAAUUUGAAGAUAAAUUGAAAGUAGAAAAGUAAAUAAAAUGAUUAGGCAUUGAAAUCCCUUGUAAUUCAGAUUAUACAUGACGAAUAGAUGCCUAGAAUGGUAAUGAAUGUAAUAAAUUCUCUUGUGCCUUUAUCAGAUGAGACACAUUCAUUAAAAAAGAUUCUGCUUUUCUAUUGGGAAGUAAUAGAGAAAACUCAUGCAAAUGGUUCAUUAAAGGAAGAAAUGAUCCUUGUUUGCAAUAGUUUAAGAAAAGAUUUGUUGCAUCCAAAUGAAUACAUAAGAGGAAGAACACUUAAGCUCUUGAGUAGAAUUUAAUUGCGUGUAUAUAUGAAUGAAUAAAUUAGGGAAUAUUGGAGCCAUUGUAAACAGCAAUAGUAGAGAAUGUAAAUCACAAACAUGUAUAUGUAAGAAGGAAUGCAGUAGUGUGUUUAUAUGAAAUAUUUUUAAACUUCGGAGAUGAUUUAAUUUCAGAUUUGGAUGAACUUAUGGAGAAAUUGUUAUUAAAUGAAACAGAUUUAUCUACUAAAAGAAAUGCCUUUCUCUUAUUAUUCCAUGCUAAUUAAUAGAAGGCACUUGAUUAUUUAAGCAUUAAUUAUUCAGAUGAUAGUAAUUAAUUUGGAGAUAUUUUAUAAUUAUCAAUUUUAGAACUUUUUAGAAAAGUUUGUAAGAAAGAUCCUUAAUAGAAACCUAAACUAUUGAAAUCUAUUUAUUAAUUUUCAAAGUCAAAAUCAGCAUCUGUUUAAUAUGAAUGUGCGAAUACUCUUUUUGCUGUAUCACCUAGUUUAGCCUCUUUAAAGAUAGCAGUUCAAAUCUACAUGUAAUUGAUUAACACUUAGACAGACAAUAAUAUCAAAUUAGUAAUAUUGGAUAGAUUAGAGGCUGUAAAUCAAUUGAAUCCUAGAGUCUUAGAGGAUAGAACUUAAGAUUUAUCUUAAUUACUUAAUCAAUAGAGUAUUGACAUAAGAAGAAAGGUAUUAAAGUUGUUUUAAUUAAAAAAUGAAAAUGUUGUUUUAUUAGCAUAAUCAUUAUAAAAGGAAUUCUAAAAAUGUUAGAAUUAAAAUGAUUAAUCAGAAUAUAAGGUUUUAAUGUUAUAAUUAAUCAACCCUAUGAUUCAUAAAUUCUCUCAAGUUCAUGAAGUUGUAGCUUAAACUUUUAUUGAUUCUAUUAUAUGUAAUCAUAAAAUGGAUGAUUAAUGUGCUUAAUUAGCAGGAUAAACACUUGUUAAAUUAAUUUAAUUAUCUGAUCAACCUAUUCAACAUAAAAUUGUAACAGCUCUUUCUAAUCGUUUUUUGGAUAUUCAUCACAUGGAAUUAUAUAAAGCAACAUUUACAGUUCUUGGUGAUUAUAGUAUUAAUCCAAUAAGAUCAUUUAAUCAAAUUAAAAAAGCUAUUGGAAAUCUACCUCUAGAACAUGAGAAGGUAAUUGUUAAAUAAGAAGAUGAAAAUAAAUAAGUUGUUAAAACUGUAAUAUUACCUGAUGGUACUUAUGGAACAUAAGUUGUUGAAAAAUAAGACACUGAAGAACAUAUAUCAAAAUUAAGAGAAUUAUUAAUGCAAAAUUCUUUUCUUGCCUCCUCUUUAAGUAGAGCAUUCAUAAAAUUGUUAUCUAAAAUUUAAGAAUUCAAUAAAUACUCUAGUUAGAUGCUUUUAAUAUUCUGUUCACUCUUACGUUAUUAUCAAAAAAAUACUGCUAAAAUUGAUUAAGAUACUUUGGAAACUAUUACUUCAAGUAUUAGGAUUUUAACUGGCAAAAAUCCGUAAGAAAAAUUAUAAGAAUUAUAUAAAAAAUCUGAUAUUGUGGUUGAGUAGAAUAAUCAAAUUGGAACUCAUCAAAAUUUUGAUAAGAUUCUCAAAUAACCUGAUGAUCCCAUCAUUAUUAGAUAAUUAAAAGGAAUCUCAGAAUUCAAUGAAAUUGAUUUAGCAGAUGAUGAAACUUCUGUUGCAACUAAAUAAGAAGAAAAUACUUAUGUUUCUAGAUUAGGACAUAUAGUUUAAUUAACUGGAUAUUGUGAUCCUAUCUAUGCUGAAGCAUUUGUAAAUGUUCAUAAAUAUGAUAUACAAUUUGAAGUACUCAUGGUCAAUAGAUGGUCAAAAAUGGUUCAAAAUGUUUAAGUUGAAUUUAGAACUUAAGGAGAAAGCAAAGUUAUCGAAAAAGCUUAAGGUGUCAUCUUACAACCUAAUCAAUCUGCUAGAGUUAGAACAACAAUUAAGUUUUCAUCUUAAGAUAUUGGAGUUGUAUAUGGAGCCAUUCAUUAUGAAAAUAAUGCAGGAAUAGAAUAGGCUUAUUUAGUAACUAAAGAAAUUAAUGUUGAUUUAAUUGAUUUCAUUUUACCUGCUACCAUCUAAAUUGAAUAAUUCAGAAAAUUAUGGGCUAAAUAUGAAUGGGAGAAUAGAAUUGUUAUUAAUACUAAUCAUAAGUAAUUAUCGAUCUAUAUUAUUAAGUGAUCCUUUUAAAUAUGUCUCAUUUUUAGAAAAACAAUUAAAAGCUAAGUCUAUAGAAGAAAACCAUCCAAAAGGAAACAUCAUUUGUGUUAAUAUGUAUGCUUAAACCAAAUUUGGUAUUCAUUUAUCAUUUAUAAUUAGAUGACGAUUUCUUAUUAAAUGUUAGUGCUGAAGUUGUUAAUGAUAAAUUAUAAGGAUUUGUGAGAGUUAGAAGUAAGGUUAAAGAAAUUGUAGUGAAUUUAGGAGAUAAGAUUAAGGUCUUAUAAACAAAGAUUGAAUGAAAUGCAC